AUGGGGAGGCAGAGCCCGGGCUGCCUCGUCGGGCCCUUGCUCGCRCUCUUCCUCCAGGCCGCCAGUGCUGGAGACCUGUCAGGCUCCCAGGUGCUGGAGGAAGAUGCUCUUCCCGAGAACACCAGCUGGGAUGCKGAGGAAGGCCAGGGGAACGAAUCCUUGGAGCAUGCGUUUUUCUCCGUGGAUUACCAGCAUGUCCAAGUCCCCUUUGAAAUCACGCUCUGGAUCAUGCUUGCGUCUUUGGCCAAAAUAGGGUUUCAUCUCUAUAACAAGCUGCCUUCUGUUGUUCCGGAAAGCUGUUUAUUGGUAUUUGUAGGACUCAUUAUGGGUGGAAUCAUCUAUGGCUUAAAUGACAAAUCCCCACCGGUUAUGGACAGUGAUAUCUUUUUCCUCUACCUGUUGCCACCUAUCGUCCUUGAUGCAGGAUAUUUCAUGCCCAGCCGUCCCUUUUUUGAGAAUAUUGGCACUAUUCUCCUGUAUGCUGUUGUGGGAACGAUAUGGAACGUGUUUGGGAUCGGCUUUUCACUGUAUGGGAUCUGCCAAGUGAAAUCUUUUCAGCUGCAGGACGUGUCGUUGCUCCAUAACCUCUUGUUUGGCAGUCUCAUAGCUGCUGUGGAUCCUGUAGCAGUGUUAGCUGUGUUUGAAGAGAUACAUGUCAAUGAAAAGCUGCACAUUUUGGUCUUUGGUGAAUCGCUGCUGAAUGAUGCAGUGACUGUGGUACUCUACAAGCUGUUUAGGUCUUUCUGUGAAAUGCCAGCCAUCAAAACUAUGGAUGUUUUGGCUGGAGUUGGGAAAUUCUUUGUGGUUGGCAUAGGAGGCAUUUUAGUUGGUCUGGCUUUUGGGAUGAUUUCUGCCUUUACCACGCGCUUUACCAAGACUAUCCGUGUCAUUGAACCGCUCUUUGUCUUCCUGUACAGUUAUCUCUCCUAUCUCACAGCAGAAAUGUUUCACCUUUCUGGCAUUGUGGCCAUCAUUGCUUGUGCUAUGGGCAUGAAACGGUAUGUGGAGGCCAACAUCUCUCUGAAAUCCCACACCACAAUCAAGUACUUCAUGAAGAUGUGGAGCAGUGUCAGUGAUACGCUCAUCUUCAUCUUCCUCGGGGUUUCCACCAUUGGAGAAAACCAUGAGUGGAACUGGCCAUAUAUUUUCUUCACUGUCAUUUUCUGUCUCAUUUGGAGAGCACUAGGGGUUCUUGUUCUGACUUUCUUUGUGAACAGAUUUCAUGUCAACACCGUGACUGGCAAAGACCAAUUCAUUAUAGCAUAUGGGGGUCUCCGAGGUGCAAUCUGUUUCUCCUUGGUUUUCUUGCUUCCUGACUUUCAUAGAAAGAAGCUCUUYAUCGCAGCAACAACUGUUGUCAUCCUCUUCACUGUGUUUGUUCAGGGAAUGACCAUCCGCCCUCUCGUUGACUUGCUCGAUGUUAAGAAGAAGAGAGAGAGCGCGCCCACCGUGGGAGAGCAGAUUCAUAUUCGGUUCUUGGAUCAUUUGCUGGCUGGCAUAGAAGAUAUAUCUGGACACUGGGGACAGUAUUACUGGAAAGACAAACUAGAGUAUUUCAACAGCAAGUACCUGCAGAAGUUCCUGCUGCGGGAGUAUGACCAGCCAAAAUCCAGCAUCGUGCUGCUCUACGAGAAGCUGGAGCGCAAGCAUGCCAUCGAGCUGGCCGAAGCCGGGCAGCUGGGCCACACGCCGUCCCCCCUGUCCCUGCUCAACAGCCACAGGAGCGUCACAACAGAUGGAAAACCAGAGGAUAUCCUGAAUCCAGAUGUGCUCGAAAACAUACAGGAAAUACUAGCCAGGAACCUGUUCCGAAUAAGGAGAACGGUGCCCGCAUACAACCGGCACACGCUUCCCGGGGAGACGGAGCCCGCGGAGCAGGCCAAAGAGAUCCUCAUCCUGCGGCACAGGAGCCUCCGCAUGGAACUGAGCGAGAACGACACAGUGGGCUCCAGCAAGGAGAAGGAUGACUCCUGCUCAGCACAGGAGGACUCCAGCCCAAAGCCAAAGCUGUGCCGCUCCUUGACCGUGAGGAAYGCAGAGAGGACCCGGGAACCGAAGCAUAACCGAUCCAAGUCUGUGUGUGUCAUCUCCGCCCUGCAGCCCGGUGGUGCUGCCUGGGCUAAUAAGAAAGAAGCAGAGAAAGAGCUCACUCCAGAUAUCUAA